AUGGAGUCUAUCAGAGCCGUCUUCUUCAAGCCUGAUCCCCAGGUCCAGGUCAGGAAAUGCAACCAGCUCAUCCGCCAGAACACACGGAAGCUCGAUCGCGAUAUUGCGCAGCUGAAAGUCGUCGAGAACAAGGCCCGAACCAGCAUCAUCCAAGCCAACCGCCGAGCGCAACGAAACCCCUCACAAGCCAAGCAGGCCGCACAAGAAACACGCAUCUUCGCCAGAGAGCUCAUACGGAUACGCAAACAAUCCACAAGGCUUGUCACGUCGAAAGCGCAGCUUAACAGCGUAUCGAUGCAGGUCACGGAGGCGUUUGCGGUGCGCAAGAUCGAGGGCAGUAUCCGGUCCAGCGUGGGCAUUAUGAAGGACGUGAAUAGUCUCGUACGGCUACCGGAAUUAAUGGGCACAAUGAGGGAAUUAAGUCAGGAGUUAGUAAAGGCAGGUAUCAUCGAGGAGAUGGUGGGGGAUUCGCUUCCUGAUGAGUUGGAAGACGAGGAGGAAGAGGCUGAGACUGAGGUCGAUAAGGUGCUGGGCGAGAUUCUACAAGAUCGUAUGGGUAAGGUUGGUGUGACUCCGAGUACUCCAGCGCCUGUACAGGAGCAGCCAGUGGCGGAAGAAGAAGAUGAAGAAGAUGCGGAAGCCAUGCUGGACCAGAUGCGCGGCCGGUUGGAGGCUUUAAAGAGUUAA